AUGGUUCAUGUCAACAUUCCGAAAAACUACACUGCCUCGCCGUCCUCUUUGGCGGGCACGCCUUCUCUGACCAUCAACCAUGAAGCUGCUCAGGACCUUGACUCGACCAAUGCCUUCGAAGGUCCCGAGAAGCUUUUGGAAGUGUGGUUUGCACCCUCUUCUACCGAACUAGGCGCCGCCGGCCCCGAGGGCCUCAAGAAGGUGCCGUGCGAGAUCUGGAAGGAUAUGCUGGAUUUGGUCAACUGCCAGGUCCUGUCAAUUGUCUCGUCGGAGGAUGUGGAUGCCUAUCUCCUGUCGGAAUCUAGCAUGUUCGUCUGGCCGCACAAGCUGAUCCUCAAGACUUGCGGAACUACAACCUUGCUGUCGGGUCUGCCACGUAUCUUGGAAAUUGCCACCUUGUUCGCAGGGUUCCCUCGGGCUACGGCCCCGCCCUCCCGUGGAAUUGCGGUGGCUGCGGCUCCUUAUCGGGUCUUCUACAGCCGCAAGAACUUCCUGUUCCCUGACCGCCAGCACGGUCCUCACCGCAGCUGGCGCGAUGAGGUCCAGUCCAUGGACCGACUGUUCGUCAACGGAAGCGCCUACAUGAUUGGCAAAAUGAAUGGCGAGCAUUGGUAUCUGUACCUCACCGAGCCUCACACGUUGCUUACGCCACCGGCCAGCCCCAAGGAUGAAGUCAAUUUCGCUGAGACCGAAACCAAGGUUCUCAACUUCCCAAAGGAGGUUCCGGGCGUGGACUGUGAUGAGUAUGACGAGACUCUUGAGGUCCUGAUGACUGACCUGGAAGAGGAGAAUGCGAAGCAGUUCUAUCUGGAAAAUGCCACCACCGUCGCCGAGAAACGCUAUCUCAACUACGACAAGGAUGAAGGUGUUGAGCACGUGGAUGUGUUCAGUAACACGUCGGAUCUUGAGGACUCGGACGGAGGACGCAUCUUGCCACCAGAGCUGACCACCGAGGGUCACGCUCUCGGUACUGUGGUCUCUGAAUCGUGUGGCCUCUCCGAUGUGUACCCCAAGAGCAAGUUCCCGGAUGCCCGCAUUGACGCGUACCUUUUCACACCCUGCGGCUUCUCUGCCAACGGUGUUGUGCCUGCUCCGGACAGUAAGGCUCCGACUCAUUACUUCACCGUGCACGUCACGCCGGAGCCACAGUGCUCGUACGCAUCUUUCGAGACCAAUGUUCCGCACUCGCAGAAUGGCCAAACCACCGCCGACAUUAUCAAGCAGGCUGUUGAAAUUUUCAAGCCCGGUCGCUUCAGCGUCACUCUGUUCGAGACUAAACCUGCGGUCGACGAGGUCGAAAAUGAGGCGCAUGCGCACAAUCAGUCUCUCCGCCGCAGUCCCAAAAUGGAGCAUGUCGAUGGCUACCGUCGCGUCGACCGCAUCGUUCAUGAUUUGAAUGGUUACGAUCUUGUGUUCCGCUACUACGAGCGCAACGACUGGAAAGGGGGGCACCGCGGAUCGGAGAGAAGUUCUAAUGCGACUCAGAGUUCUCCGUCGACUUGGAGCUUCUUUCUCGUUCCCGACCUUUCC